AUGUUCGCAAUAUCGACAGCGGACAUCGGAUUGUCUAUCAAGCUCUCAACAACGGACCUAUGGGUCCUCCUGCAACUUCCACCCCAAUCCUCCAUCGACAAGAUGCCGCCAAAAGCAGUUUUGUUCGUGACGAACAAGUACGCCAAGUUCCUCUCCUAUCUGCCAUGA